AUGGCGUCUCCUCAUUCGCAGGAGUUGGUCAAGCAAUCUGCUGGCCAGCUUAUGCCCCCCCCACCACCCCCGAAGCGAAUCAAACGCCCCGCGACUGUCCUCGACGAAGACGUCUACACCAACACUUUGUCCCACAUUAUCGCCCGCGACUUCUUCCCGGGCUUGCUCGAGACACAGAUCAAACAAGAGUACCUGGAAGCCCUUGAAUCAAAAGACAAAGCAUGGAUUGCGAGCUCCAAAAAGAAGUUGGCAGGCGUCAUGCGCACGCCCACCCCGGGGUCGAAUGCAAGACGAAGGUCAGAGUAUGCAUCGGUUCCGACCACACCACAGCAUUUCCCGGCCGGACGGCCCGGUGACACCCCGCAUGGCUGGGGAGGCGAUACCCCCAUGUCCGUCGUAUCGACUUCCACGGCAGCAACCGAAACAGACCAGAAUAUCCCCGAUGUAUCGAAUAUGGGACUGGUCACCUUCCAGGCAAAAUAUACCAGCGAAGACAACGAGUCCUUCAACAAAGUCCUGGACAAGCAGAAUGAAAAGCGACGGGAGAAAUAUCCCUGGCUUUGGAGCGGGAACAAAAUUCCCUCGGCCCGACAAAUUGCACACCAUCGACAAGAAACCAAGCGCAUCACAGCUCAAGGUGGAAACCCACAAAUGGGCCUUAUUAAACGAGACGAGCAUGUCCAGCCCGCCAUCAAAACAGACCUGGAUGCCCGCCCCGCAAAUCCAGACACGUGGAAAAGCCGCCCAGACAACACCCUCAUGUUCCUCCCCUCCUCGGUGGAAGACACCCACGAGACACUCCCGCAGAAAGCAGAAACUACAUCCCGAGCAGGCCCCAAGCGAACUCUCUACCAAAAUACCAGACUUCUAGACCCACAUGCCGCGGCAGCAGCGGACGCCGCCAACGCCGUGCCCCCUUCACCCUCACUAUCCGCCAUCCAAGACGCCAUCGCCGGCCGGCCGCGUCUCAGCGAGUCCGAAGCCGCAUCCGCCUUCGCAGGAAGCGAAACCCCGAGGGUCAACGGAUACGCCUUCGUCGACGAGGACGAGCCCGAGCCUGAAUUCACAUAUGGCUCCAGCUCCAGAGCCGACGACACGGAAGUCGACUGGCGCCUCCUCGGGCCGACCUCUGAAAAACCAAAUCCCUUUCAACUUGGCGAGACUCGUAAGCGCGAAGCCCUGCAUCACCGCAUGGUCGAUCGUGUGGCACGGAAUAAGCGUGCUGAAAAGGCCGCCCGUGUUACGAAGACACCUGUCUCGUUGACUCCGCGCUUUGCUAGUAGUCCCCGGCUGGACUUUGGGUCUCAAUCUACGCCUGGGGCUGGCUCUAGUAGGGGCUCUGUCUAUGGCGGAGGACAUGCUCAGGGAAAGAUGCUUACACCUGCAGCGCAGAAGCUGUUGCAGCAGGUUGGGGGGACGCCGAGGUCUGGAGAGCGGAAGUCUGGACUAGGGAAUGUUUGGACGCCUACGCCGAAGCGAAAGUGA